CAUUCCCUUAUAAAAUGUGUUAGCUCAGGUCAAGUUCCACUGGGUUGGAAGGUAGCAAUCAAACAUCAGCCUGAAAAGAAUUUCACCAAUACCAGGCAUUUCUAAAAUGAAGAAACUUCUGCUGGUUGAUGUUGAUUGUGGCGUUGAUGAUGCUCAAGCUAUUAUGAUAGCCCUGGCAUCUCCCAAUGUCGAAGUCCUGGGGAUUACUUGCUGUUAUGGAAACAGUACCUUGGAAAAUAUAUGUAAAAAUGUACUUCGUGUGUUACAUAUUUGCAACAAGCUUGAGAUUCCAGUUUAUCCUGGUGCCUCAUCUCCGCUACUUGGUGGACCUGUGGAAGGGGCAUAUUAUCAUGGAAAAGAUGGACUGGGUGAUGUUCCAGAUCCCAACACUCCAGGAUUAGAGCUCCUGCAGGAAGAACAUGCUGUGCUUGCAAUGUUAAGAAUAGUCAAUGAACGACCGGGUCAGGUUUCUCUAGUUGCUACUGGUCCCUUGACCAAUUUAGCGCUGGCUGUGAAAAUGGACCCAACAUUUCCUAAGAAACUUAAAAAUGUGUUCAUCAUGGGAGGAAAUACGGAAGCCAGAGGAAAUACUACAGUCUGUGGAGAAUUCAAUUUUGCAACAGACCCAGAAGCUGCUUACAUUGUCUUAAAUGAGUACACCUGCCCAAAUUACAUUGCAUCAUGGGAGUUCACAUGUUCCUGCCCACUAUCCUGGGAAUUCUACCAUGAAUGGGUUAAUCAGAAAACUGAGAAAGCUAUGUUCGUGAAGAAAAUAUUUGCUCAUUCUUUUGAAUUCUCAAAAAUCUUGGGGGAAAAUCCAGGUGAAAAAGCAUGGCGGUCAGGGUUUGUUCCAUGCGAUUCCUACGCUAUGGCAGCUGCCAUCGAAGAUAAUUUUGUAACAGAAUACACAGCAAUUGGUGUAACUGUUGAGCUCAAAGGUUCACUAACAAGAGGAAUGAUGGUAGUGGACUGGAGUAACAAACUGAACAAGGAGAACAAAGCUUUCUUAAUGAAAAAAUGUGAUUUAGGGAAGUUCCGGUCACUUCUGCUAGCUGCUGUAAAAUAAUAAUAUUUUUUAUUAUUAUAAGGAUUUACUGAAGUUCCUUUCUUAAGCAUACAUAUAAUGGGCAUCCUGAUCUCUUGUGUUGCUAUCCAAUCAGGUUUGUGUUGCAAUACCUAAAAUU